AUGUUCACAUCUCGUCUUGAUCUGAUCGUUGCUUUUGUCGAUGCACUUGAUAAUCAAUCAGACAAGCUCCUCGCUCUGGUGUCCGACUCGGAGUAUCUCAUCAAUAACAUCACUCACAUCAACAAUUCCAUAACUAGCAUCGAUACGUCCAUAGAUGAAGUGGCCGAUCUUAUGGCCCAGAACCGAUCGCACCUUGUGGAGUUUGCCAGUCUCUACGAAAAGGCGUUUUAUCUAGAAUCAAACUUGCUUGUCAACGACAACAUAACCAACCAUACUUCUUUUGAGACAUUGACGAAUGAAUAUCGACUACUAGUAAAGAAGUUCGAGACUAAUGACCAUUUCCAAGAGCAUUCUUCACGAAAAACAUCCUUUGCUGAUACAACCUUGCACACUAUUCACGAAUCUGAUAUCAUACAUGAACCUGGAACUGAUUUUCAUACAACGACAAACAACAAGAUUAGCGAGAAUAUCAUUAACCCCUUUGCUACGAACUUGCAAGAAAAACAUAACCAGUUAAACAAGUUGCCGACCAACGGAUCGGAAAACACUGCCGUCGACUCGGAAUACAGUGAUUAUCGUACUCCUACUAAGUUAAAGCCUCAGAUCUCCAUUUCCAACUUGAAAUUGAAACCUAUUCGAUGCAAUUCUACUAGGAUCAAUAAGAAGAGGUCCAGAUACAGACUUUCUAGCAUCUAUAAUUUGAAUCCGAUUGCUUAUGAAGAUGCCUUUGGACUGACUGCUGAAGACGACCUUUCUUCUGUAUCUCAUACUCCUCGUAUUCCACGCAUCAUACCCUCUGCCAGUAGCAGGACGUCUUGUAGCAUGGAAAAUGGCGAUCAUAUAGACAGCAGUAAUGUUGACAUCGACACUUCAGUAGCCGAAAUCGAUGACAUCCACGACGACGGCUACGAGGCUCACGACGACGAAGAGGUUUGUACAGAAAACACUUCUCCUCUUCUCACUGGUAUCGGCAAUCGCAUGAGAUCAAACUCCUUACCUGAUAUCCAUUCGUUGUUCAGUGAUAAAAAGGGCAAGAAGGAUAACUUUCAUCUCAACAGCGAUUUCGAUGAGGAUCCAGAGCAAUUGCGUAUUAGUAGACUUAAACAUUUCAUUAGUUUCGGAAACAUCUACGACAAAGAAGACUUUGCCGAACUAGACAAUGUCUUCCAUAGCUCUCCGUGUCCACUUGAAACCGCAGAAGUGAACAUAGAUCUGCCUUUGGAUUUGGAUAACGUAUCCAUUUGUUCUGAUCUUUCGUAUUUCGAUAAAGAGAUUGAUGAGAAUGAUCCUAAUACCGAGAUUGAGUUCAACAACUUCGAGAACUACUUGCGGAAGUCUCGAAUUGAUCUCCAGGAAGCAUUUCCUCAUCUUCUACGAAAAUCUAACUCGUUCGAUAGUCUAUUUAAUGCCACUUCUAUUUUCUCAGAAGAAGUGAUACCAGAUCCUGAAGAAGAUAAACCUACGCUUGGAUACAAAUUCCACAACCCUAUCGAAAGUAUAAAGCUUAGCACGUCUUCACAACUGGCUGCUGCUACUAUUGAGCCGAUAUACUUCAGAGAUAACUUUACUAAGAAGAAAAGGGCCCUUUUUGCUCCAGAGCCAGAAGACCCAAAGCGAAUACUCAGCGAAGUGAUGCUGAGAAACGAACAUUCUUCUUCAACUAGAGAUUUCUCAGCUUUUUCUUCGCCGGGAAGCGUGUCUGCCAAUAUUUCUUCCCUCUUCAGCUUUCCGGCAGUUGCUAAUUCUCCAGGCAGAAGAGAUAGCAUUGAUUCCAUCAGUAAGUCGUUGACUGAUAGCUUUUUGAAUUUGGUAAACACUCCUACUACCAAACAGAAAAAUAAAAAGACUAUUACUCCACAAAAGAUUCGAGAUCUUAAACGUCAGUCAAAAGAAAAGAAGCCAAUAAUCGUCCAAAGCGAUUCUCAGACUAAACGGAUGCCAAUCCGAAUACCGAGAAACGAUGGCCAAUCUACAAGCUUGAAAAUUGGACCUAACAAAACUAAAAUUGUUAGUUACGGAGAAUCGUCUAUCUUCAGAAAACCUCUUGUGAAUCUUGCUUGAGGAUAAAGUCAAGAUUUCUUAACAAAUUUACAUCGUCGCAUACAUUACGUCUAGCGUGCACAACAUCAUGAAUAACGUCAACUAUAUCCGUGAUUCUCAACUUCAAUACCGUCUGUCAUAUUAUGUAACCAUACCCCCCAUGUUGUCAUCUACAUUUCUUCGUGAUAAAUUUAAAGAAUACUUAAUUAAUGAAUGCAUUUAUAUUAUU